AUGGUGCACAACAACCCAACAUCCCCACCUCACUUCCUAUUCCGUUACACUCCUACACCAUCCCAACAGGAAACCGACGAUGACACCACCAAAGCCAUCAAGCGCGCCCUCAGCGACAACGACAUCCAGACGAUUUUCUUCGUUAACCUGCUCAGCGACCACGAUGAUAAAGCCACCUUGUCCAAUCUCAACGCCAGCCGCUGCAUGCUCACUACUGAAGUGGAGAAAGAUAUCUAUGACAAGGUUCAACGCAACGACCUAACCAUCGGAUACCUCACUAUCCGCCGGAUUCGAACGGGCCACGCAAGUCGAGCUACCGUACCAACAAAAACAGCUCCCAGCGAUGAUAAGGUCUACCACCAAACCAAAACCUGUCUGUAUCAGGACAUACGCAAACACUUGAUGGCCUCCAGUUUAUCCCACGGGACGUACACCAAGUUAGAUUUGAUCGCUAAGACCAUAGCGGAGAAGACAGUGCUAAGCGGGGACUCAUCGCCCCCUCAUCGCAAGCGAUUCGGGGUGUUGUUUACUUGGCCGGAGGGCGGGGGUCCGUUGUCACCACGUGUCCUCCGAUACCACCAGUUUGAGUUUGAUCCCGUCGGGUUGUACUUACGAUACAGUCUAUACGUGGCUGAAUUCGUGGAAGAUAACUUCGAAGGGGUGCGAAAGGGUAGUGGCUUCGAGCUGGGGCAGGAUCUGACGAACCAGAGGUCUAUGGAUGUCUACUUGCCGUGUCCUUAG